AUGUCCUCCGACGAACUGACCGACCUUCCCAAGAUCAAAGCCGCUGCCAAACCCAAGACCAAGACCGCUAGCGAAACAUACCAAAAGUUAUCUCAAUUGGAACAUGUCCUCAAGAGGCCCGACACGUAUAUCGGGAGCGUCGAGCCCAUUCGACAGUUCAUGUGGAUUUUCGAUAAAGAGAAGAAAAUGAUGGUCAACAAGGAGAUCUCCUUCGUGCCCGGACUCUACAAGAUCGUCGACGAAAUCCUGGUCAACGCAGCUGAUAACAAGCAACGUGACGAUAGCAUGGAUACCCUCAAAGUAACUAUUGACUGCGAGAAGAACAUCAUCUCUGUUAUGAAUAAUGGAAAAGGGAUUCCCAUUGAGAUCCACGAGACUGAAAAGAUUUACAUACCUGAGCUUAUUUUUGGACAUCUUCUGGCUGGAAGUAACUUCGACGACGACGAGAAAAAGACAACGGGUGGUAGGAAUGGUUAUGGAGCGAAGCUUGCGAACAUUUAUUCGACUGAGUUUGUUGUGGAAGCUGCCGACAAACAAACUGCGAAAAAGUACAAGCAGGUUUUUAAAAACAACAUGUCGGUCAAAGAGAAGCCGAAGAUCACUGAAAAUAAGAAGGGAGAAGAAUAUACCAAGAUCUCGUUCAAGCCCGACCUCGUCAAAUUCAAUCUACCGGCUGAAAAUGGGCUUGCAGGAGAUAUGGAGGCCCUAAUAAGUAAGCGUGUUUACGAUAUGGCCGGGACUCUGAGGAACGUGAAAGUCUGGUUGAACGACGAGAGAAUCAAGCUCCCGGGAUUCAAGAAAUACGUGGAGAUGUAUACCAGCGGAGUCAAUGAAGCCGCCAAAUCCUCAACGAAAGGCGAGGCUCCCGGAUCCCCCGGCAAUGCUGCAAACAAAACGCCGAUCAUAUACGAGGAAUGUGGCAAGCGAUGGGAGAUUGCGUUUACUCCCUCAGAUGGACAAUUCCAACAAGUCUCGUUUUGUAACUCCAUCGCAACCACCAAGGGUGGGACUCAUGUGGAACAUGUCGUCAAGCAACUAGUCGAGAAAAUCAUCGAAUCCGUCAACAAGAAGAAAGCCAAACUGACUCUCAAACCGUAUCAAGUCCGGAAUCACAUCUGGGUCUUCGUCAAUUGUUUGAUCGAAAAUCCGGCUUUUGACAGCCAGACAAAGGAGAACAUGACUCUGUCAAUGAGCAAGUUCGGCAGCAAGUGUGUGAUGACCGACGAGUUCAUGAAAAAAGUCAUGAAAUCCGGCGUGAUCGACAGUGUCAUGGACUUUGCUAAAUUCAAAGAAGAAGCCGCGCUUAAGAAGACCGAUGGGUCCAAGCGUUCCCGGAUCACCGGUAUCGUCAAGCUAGAAGAUGCCAACAAUGCUGGGACCAAAAAGGCGGCAGAUUGCACGCUGAUCCUGACUGAAGGAGACUCAGCCAAAUCCCUGGCUGUUGCCGGGCUCUCCGUCAUCGGACGCGACAACUACGGCGUCUUCCCUCUGCGGGGCAAACUGCUCAACGUCCGUGAGGCCAGUGGCGCGCAACUCUUGUCGAAUGCGGAAAUCCAGCAUAUCAAACAAAUCAUGGGGCUUCAGCAAGGCAAGAAAUACGCCAGCCGCGAUUCGCUUCGGUACGGUAGCUUGAUGAUCAUGACCGAUCAGGAUCACGAUGGCUCCCACAUCAAAGGCUUGAUCAUCAACUUUCUCGACUAUUUCUUCCCUUCUCUGUUGGAAAUUCCCGGCUUCCUCGUCGAAUUUAUCACGCCAAUCGUGAAGGUCACGAAAAAGAAAGAGGAGAUUUCUUUCUUCACGAUGCCCGAGUUCGAGAAAUGGAAAGAAGAGAACGACGGCGGACGCGGCUGGACUAGCAAGUACUACAAAGGAUUGGGUACAAGUGAUGCAAAAGACGCAAAAAAAUACUUUAGCCGGAUGUCCUCCCACAGAAUCAAAUUCGCCCCCACUCAAGAGAAUGAUCGUAGCUUGAUUGAUAUGGCAUUCAACAAGAAGAAGGCUGAUGAUCGGAAAGAGUGGCUUAGAGGCUUCGAGCCUGGUACCCAUCUCGAUCAAAACGUUUCGCAAAUUACCUACUCGGAAUUCAUCAACAAAGAGCUUAUUUUGUUUUCGAUGGCCGAUAACAUUCGUUCGAUCCCAUCGAUGGUAGAUGGAUUCAAGCCUGGACAGAGGAAAGUAUUGUUCGCAUGCUUCAAGCGAAAACUGAAGGCAGAAAUCAAGGUUGCGCAGUUGGGAGGUUACUGUUCAGAACAUUCGGCAUACCAUCACGGAGAAGCAAGCUUAACCCAGACGAUCGUCGGUCUGGCUCAAAACUUUGUCGGAAGUAACAACAUAAAUGUCCUUUCGCCAAACGGACAAUUCGGUACCCGUGCCUCAGGUGGUAAAGAUGCGGCCUCUGCAAGGUAUAUUUUUACCAACGUGGAGAAAAUCACUCGAGUCAUCUUCCCGCCCUCCGAUGACAAUAUUCUGACUUACCUGACGGACGAUGGAACACAAAUCGAGCCCGAAUGGUACAUCCCCGUCCUGCCCAUGGUCCUCGUCAACGGUUCCAGCGGGAUCGGAACCGGAUGGAGCUCAGAUAUUCCGAAUUACAAUCCAGUCGACAUCGUCAAUAACUUACGCCGUCGCCUGGCGGACGAACCGAUGGAACCCAUGGACCCAUGGUUCAGGGGUUUCACUGGCCAAAUCCUCCCAGAAGCUCCCGGUAAAUAUAAGGUCCUGGGUGAAUGGGACCAGCCUGAUGAGGAUACUCUCGAAAUUACCGAGCUGCCCAUCCGCGUUUGGAAUCAAUCUUACAAAGAACAGAUCGAAGCAUGGAUCAAUUCGACUGAGAAGAUUCCUGCAUUGGUCAAGGAUUAUCGGGAAUACCACACCGAGACAACGGUGCAUUUCAUCAUCUCAUUAACUGAGAAAGGAAAAGAAGCUAUUAAGAAAGAAGGCGCCGAGAAAGUGUUCAAGCUAUCGGGCAGUCUAUCGAUCAACAAUAUGGUCUGCUUUGAUCCACUUGGGAAGAUCAAGAAAUACGCCACCCCUGAACAAAUCUUGGACGACUUCUUCGAUGUCCGAUUGGCUUGUUACCAAAAGCGAAAAGAAUAUCUCGUCAAUGAUCUUACACUGACGUACGAAAGACUGUCGAAUCAAGCGAGAUUUGUGCUGAUGAUUAUCGAAAAGAAGCUUAUUGUCAACAACCGAAAGAAAGCUGAUAUCGUAGCUGAAUUACGAAAGCUGGAGUUCCGGCCGUUCCCCAUGAAGCCCAAAGUCAAGACGGCUGGGGAUCCCGACCAAGCAGAUGAAGAGGGCGCCGAAGAAGAAGUUGCUGAUGUCGGUGCGGCAGGCACCGCGGGUGAUUUUGAUUAUCUCUUGGGAAUGGCCAUCUCUCGUCUGACGGCCGAGCAAGUCGCCAAGCUCUUGGCAGAACGAGACGACAAGGAGAAGGAAUUGCAGAUCUUGCUCGAGAAAACUGCAAAAGACUUAUGGCAUGCCGAUCUAGAUACUUUUGAGCAAGAGUGGAGGCGCAUCAUGACUUCUGAUGUUGAUUCCCGUCGAGCAAGUGUCAAGAAAGUGAAACCCCUUGGAUUCAAACCCUCUGCCGCAGCCAAGGGCAAAGGGAAGAAACCAGCAGCUAAAGCUGAACUUGAUAGCGAUGGAGAAGAGAUUUACAAGCCAAGUAUCGAUAAGAAACCGGCCAAACCGAAAGCGGGAACUCAAUCCAAGCUAAACUUCAAGCCUGCCGUCGGAACUUCUGCUUCGGCCGCUGAACCCAAGCCCGAGUCAACUGAAGAUUCCAAAGCCAGCAAGCCCAGUGGAUCUGGUAAAACCACGGCGGCGUCCAAAAAAGUCAAACGGGAUGCGUCUGAGCUGAGCGAUGAUGAAAAGCAAGCUCCCAAGGCUCCGGCCAAGAAGAAGAAAGCGGCACCUAUCAAAUCAGACGACGAUAGUGAAGACGAUUUCGAAAUCAAAGUCAAGUCCAAGGUUACUAAGCCAGUCAAAUCGGCAGCCAACGCCAGUCAAGGGAGCAAAGAAGACGAGGAAGAAGACAAGCCAAAGAAGCAGCCGGCCUCGAAGACGACCACCACCAAGAAGCUCAACCCGUCAAAGCCAGCGUCUAGCGCGAAGGCCACAAAAGCCAAACCGACAAACCCGAAGAAGCGAGGCAAAAAGAUCUCAGAUGAUGAUGGCAGUAGUGAUUCAGACAUCCGCAAACUUGCUUUAAAUGACGACGAUGACGAGGACGACGAUGACGAUGACGAUGACGACUCGGUGGUCAUUGCUAAACCGAAGAAGAAAGCCGCCCCGGCCGCCAAGAAAAGAGUUGUGUCUGGCGCCUCGACUGCCGCUUCUAAGAAAUCGUCCAGUAGUAAAGCUGCUCGGAAGGACGAUGAUGAGGACGUUGAUAUGGAGGAGCAGAACGAGGAUGAGGAGGAUGACUCGAUGGUCAUUGCUAAGCCGAAGAAGAAAGCCGCCCCGGCCUCCAAAAAAGGAGCCGGCUCCGGCGCCUCAACCGCUGCCCCUAAGAAGCCAUCCGGUAGUAAAGCUGCUCGGAAGGACGACGAUGAGGACGUUGAUAUGGAGGAGCAGAGCGAGGGUGAGGAGGAUGACUCGAUGGUCAUCGCUAAGCCGACGAAGAAAGCCGCCCCGGCCGCCAAGAAAAGAGUCGUGUCUGGCGCCUCGACUGCCGCUUCUAAGAAGCCAUCCAGUAGUAAGCCUGCUCCGAAGGACGACGAUGGGGACGAUGAUGAUGACGAGGUGGAUGCUCCGAUCCGUCGCCCGGCUAGGGCCACCAAGGCUCGUCCUAAAAGUUACAAGCUGAAAGACCUCAGUUCUGAGGACGAUGACGGCGACGACGAUGGGAGCCAAUUCGAGGAAGGCGAUGAUUGA